CGCGCUCUUCUCCGGACAGCUCAGCGUACUGUUUAUUAGUUGCAAUGAGCAGUGAAGUCGUGAAGGUGGUGGCAGAGUGUGUCCUCCGGAACAAUUAAAUAAGGGCUGUUUCUGUUUCGGCAUUUCGUUCGGUCGAUGCUGCAAGUUUCCACGCCGUCGGCCACGAAAGAAAUAAAGGCGCUCGCCGUGUACCUGAACUCUUCGCGUUUACGCUUUUGAAUAUUGACCCGACGCGUCUCAUCCGUGUUCAUCACUCGGGAUUCCUACGUCGUUUGUGGAUUAAAAAAAUCAUCUUGAAUGUGAGGGCGUCCCGAGCUUAUGCGGCUGCCCGACUAAGCGACGCUUCUGUCGGCGAAGGUGGCCCGGCUGUCGAGCGCGUGCGGCACCGGCGCAUCUAUGCGGACGCCUCGCGUGUUUGCGGGAUGAAGAUGUCGCGCAUAGUUUUAAUAGCCGCUCGCAACAAACCCGGAUAAUCGGCGGACAAAUAAUCGAGAGAGAGGACGACAACCAGUCGCGCUUCUUUAUUUUUUUUUAUUUUCUUGUGGAGGGUGAGAAGAAAAGGAAGGGGGUAAUUUGGAGGGCUUUUUGUGCUGUGCCUCUUACUGCGAUCUUCAGCUGGAUGUCCGCCUGCUUACGAUGAACUGGCGGGGCGGCGAAGAGUAGAAAGGAAACUGUCGGCAGGAGACCAACUUCUCCACCGUGUCUUAGGCAGCCGUCCUCCUGCUUAUGACCGCUUGUGUUUACUGGAGAUAACGAAUAGUAUAGGCAGCCCGAUCCGCGUAGACGACAGGCUUUGCUCGGAUAUUUGUAUUUUGACGUCAGGUUCUCCGAAGGGAAGAGACCAGAGACUUCUUCGGAUUUCUUUUGACCGUUGUUGGGGUGCCACUGUUGAUUCAUGCAUCUCGGGGUGUCCGAUCCCAUGAGAGAGUGCGAGUACAGUCAGAUAAGCACUCGCAGCUCGACGCCAAUGGAGUCUCCCCACAAGAAGAGGAUCCCAAGGAGGAAGUGGCAAGUCUUCCCAGGCCGGAAUAAAUUUUACUGCAAUGGAAGGAUUAUGAUGGCUAGGCAGACCGGUGUCUUCUACCUCACCCUGGUCCUCAUUGUGGUCACCAGUGGGCUCUUCUUCGCUUUUGACUGCCCGUUCCUGGCAUCGUCGCUUAGCCCCGCCAUCCCGGCAGUAGGGGGCGUGCUCUUCCUCUUCGUGUUGGGGACACUGCUCCGGACCAGCUUCAGCGACCCCGGGGUCCUGCCCAGGGCCACACCCGACGAAGCCGCUGACCUGGAGAGGCAGAUCGACAUCGCCAAUGGCACCACUUCCGGUGGAUUCCGUCCGCCCCCCAGGACGAAGGAGGUGAUCAUCAACGGGCAGACGGUGAAGCUGAAGUACUGCUUCACCUGCAAGAUUUUCAGGCCGCCGCGUGCCUCCCACUGCAGCCUGUGCGACAACUGCGUGGAACGGUUCGACCACCACUGUCCCUGGGUGGGCAACUGCGUGGGCAGGAGGAACUACCGCUUCUUCUACAUGUUCAUCCUCUCGCUGUCCUUCCUCACCAUUUUCAUCUUCGCCUUCGUCAUCACGCACGUCAUCCUGCGGUCCCAAAGCAUGGGCUUCCUCAGUGCCCUCAAGGACAGCCCUGCCAGCGUGUUGGAGGUGGUGGUCUGCUUCUUCUCCGUGUGGUCCAUCGUGGGCCUGUCUGGAUUCCACACCUACCUGAUAAGCUCCAAUCAGACCACCAACGAAGACAUUAAGGGAUCAUGGUCAUCGAAACGGGGCAAGGACAACUAUAAUCCUUACAGCUACGGAAACAUCUUCAGUAACUGCUGCGCUGCUCUUUGUGGGCCACUGCCGCCCAGCCUAAUCAACAGGAGGGGCUUCGUCCAGCCAGACACGCCCCAGCCCACCCCUCCGACCAAUGGGAUCACCAUGUACGGGGCCACGCAGUCGCAGAGCCAUAUGUGUGACCAAGACCAGUGCAUUCAGAGCACCAAAUUCGUUUUGCAGGCCGCUGCCACGCCCUUGCUGCAGAGCGAUCCCGUCGUCAUGGGCGACGAGCCCUCGCUGCCGGGCCGGACCUCGCUGGGCACGGCAUGUGCCGCGCUGCCCUUGGCCCAGCCCACACCCCCGACCUCCACGCCCAGCCUGAGCUGUGACACAGACAUGCACCCCCUGCGUGGCGACCACGUGCCCGAGGCCCACCACCACUUCCUGACCCCUGAGGAAGCACCGUCGCCCCCUGGCAUGCUGCCCUGCGGCAGCCCGCUGGGUCACAGCCACACCAUGCCCUUCUACAACCCCGCCAGCCAGGACUCCCUGCACGAGGACUCCGUCCGGGGGCUGGUGAAGCUCAGCUCCGUCUAG